GUAAAUUUUAAAUACAAAUAAAUUUUUAAUUUCUUCCGAUCGUUUCUCAAAAUACAAAAAAAGUUUAAAAUUUUGUAUAAUUGUUUUUUUCGUAAGUUUAGUGAUUUUUUGUUAUCAAAAUGAACGCCGAAGUUAUCGAAAAUAUGCAACUCUCGGACAGUUGUGAAUCAUCAUCUUCAGACUCACAAAUUCUACCAAGUGAACAACAUUUUAUGCAUGGUGUGUUGAAAGACAGUGAGUUGAUGUAUGCUGGUCGGCCUUUACAAUUGUCAGGAACUGUAUCAAUGCCAAAUCAUUUUGCUCUACAUUUUCCUAUGGAACAUAUUAGAAAACAUAAAUUACUGAAUUCUUGGACUAUGUGGUAUCUUGAGAAUGAUAGAUCUAGGCCUUGGGAUGAAAUGCAAAACGAAAUUAUAAGCUUUGAUACAGUGGAGGAGUUUUGGCUACUAUAUAGUCGCAUUAAGCCGCCAUCGGCUCUAAAAAUUGGUAGUGAUUAUUCACUUUUUCGUAAAGGUAUUCGCCCAAUGUGGGAAGAUGAUGGAAAUAAGUAUGGUGGCCGUUGGAUUAUAACUCUUAAUAAAACUUCCACAGAUGUUUUCAAUAGUUUGUGGCUUGAUACAAUGCUAGUGGCUAUUGGUGAAAACUUUGCCCAGUCCGGUGAAAUAUGUGGUGUUGUCGUCAAUAUUCGUACAAAAAUUAACAAAAUUGCAAUAUGGACUAGGCACUCUCAACAAAAUCCAGAUACUUUAACUGUUGGCUGCUUCAUUCGCGACGUACUUAACUUGGGAUCCAACAAUCUGCAAUUUCAUGCUCAUAUUGAUACCAUCUAUCGUCAUGGCAACAAUGUUCGGCCAAUAUACAUUGUUUGAGUGUUGCAUCACUUUUCCGCUGAAUUUUGGAUUUAAGUAACAAAAUUCAAAGUUAAUUAUUUUUUUUUUUAUAAAUUCGCUGUGAUUUUUUUUUAAUCUAAAUGCUGAUUCUUCAUGUAUCCUCAGCGCGUGGUUAUAUUUUGAAGUAAAAAUUUUCAAGUUAAUUAACUAA